AUGAACCAGCAUCUAGCUCUUCACGUGCGUCAAUUCAAGGUCAAUUUCGUUCCUGAAGCAGCGAAAAUAGCUAAGUUACACGAGCUAUCUCUGCUACACACGCCUACAAGGACAUCUCGAUAUGGUUUCAGCUCGUCUCAAAAAUCAAAUUUCUCGCAACCAAACAAGAAUCAAUACAACACCACAUCAACACCCACGACUAACACAGUCGCAAAUCCAAACAAUAAACCUCUCCUCCCCAACAUACCACAGAAACAUGUCUCUUUUGAAGAGAUGCAGGAGCGGAAACGUAAAGGGUUAUGCAUGUUUUGUGAAGAACCGUUUACACCAGGUCAUCAACUUAAGCAUCGUCGCGCUGAGUUCUUAUUUUUGGACAUGGAAGCUGAGACAGAGUUUGACGAAGAGAUUGCACUAGUAGAGCAAAUCCGAGAUACAACUAUUAGCGAUGAGGAUGACAAAGUUCCAACUAUCUCCGUCCAUGCCCUCAACGGCGCCCCGACAUUUAACUGUAUGCGUCUAAUGGGACAGUAUGAGAAGCGCAAACUACACAUAUUGAUCGACCCAGGCAGCACACACAACUUUCUUGAUAUCCAAAUCGCCAAAGGACUAGGUUGCUCUUUGAAACCAAUCAAACCAAUGUCAGUUGUUGCAGCAAGUGGCGACUUGGUUACUAAGUACAAGUGCAGCUCCUUCGCAUGGAAGAUGCAAGGCUACGGGUUCAAAGCUGAAAUUCGAACCUUACCGCUAGGAUGCAGUGAUCUUGUUCUUGGUGUUCAGUGGCUCUCUACCUUAGGACCAAUCCUAUGGGACUUCCUGAACCUCCGCAUGGAAUUUAACUUCAAUGCUUUGCUUCAUCUUCGAGAGGUUGACGAUACAGAUGAAACGCAACAGCCCCUGGAUCCGGAAACCAUCCUCUAUAACAUUGAAGCAAGCGGUGAAGAGAGAGACAACACUGGCUCACUGGAUCAAUUACUUGAAUCAUACAAGGACAUCUUUGAUGAACUGUCUACUCUACCUCCCUAUCGUGAGGGCUUCAACCACAAAAUUCCGUUGGAAUCAGGAGCGAACCCCAUAAAUCUCAGACACUAUCGAUCCUCCUCGUUACAAAAGGAUUCCAUCGAUAAGAUGAUUCAAGACAUGCUCACUCAAGGCAUCAUUCAGUACAGCGCAACUCCCUACGCCUCACCAGUGGUACUUGUGAAGAAGAAAGAUGGAUCUUGGCGACUAUGUGUAGACUACAGAGGUCUCAACAAGCAAACAAUCAAAGACAAAUAUCCCAUACCACUCCUAGAAGAUCUCCUCGACGAAUUGGGCGGCUCAAAAAAAUUUUCUAAGCAGGAUUUACGUGCAGGAUUUCACCAACUCCGUAUGUCUCCAGAAGAUGUGCACAAAACGGCUUUCAAAACACAUUCAGGCCACUAUGAGUACCUCGUCAUGCCGUUUGGCCUUACUAAUGCACCUUGCACGUUUCAAGGACUCAUGAAUCAUGUCUUUGGGCCCAUUCUUCGAAAGUUUCUUCUGGUUUUCUUCGACGAUAUACUAAUCUACAGCAAGAACUGGGAAGAAUAUCUUGUUCACUUGGACACAGCCUUUGCUAUACUGCGACAUCAACAACUAUACCUCAAGAAAUCAAAGUGUACUUUUGAGGCAACGAGAAUCGAAUACCUUGGUCACUUUAUCUCUGCUGAGGGCGUCAGCACUGAUCCAACCAAGAUCAAAUCAGUCAAAAAUUGGCCACCCCCGAGGAACCAAAAAUAG